CCUCGCUCUCCUUGACUUCAUCGUCUUCUUCACGACCUUCGCCUAUUUCCUCCCGUACCACCCCUGGAGGCUCAGCGGCGCCGAAGCUGCCCUCUUUCUCCCUGAUUGCGCAGAAUGGCUCCUCCAUCUAGCAGUCGUGCUCCAGGCGGAUCCCCAGUUGCGCGAGACUAUCAGCCAUCCGGGUCGACCGUUCCCUCUCUCGGCGGUGGCGAUGCCAAGACUCCCAUGAUUGCUGGCUCCGUCUGCGGUGGACUCAUGGCCAUCGCAUGGAUCAUCGGCUUCACCAUAUACUUCCGCAAGCGCUGGAAGCGCAAGAUUCGCAACCGCAAGCGGCGCGCAGGGCUCGAGGUACCUCUCAGCCCACAUGAAGGCCCAGAGGCCCCACAGGAGAAGGUCGUCAUACCUCCUGACCCCGCUGUCCUGGCCGGUCUUGCGAAACCAGGAUCAGAUGCCUUCGAGGGGAUGGAGGACUUGAGGAAACCACGAAUAACACGAGGGCUCAGCAGGGCGAAGGGCCGGCUGGAAGGCAUCUUUGAGCAGGAGGAGAAGACCAAAGGAUCCCCACGUCCCUCAUCUUCGUCUGCACCCACUCUCGAUUGCGGUCCCCCCACUGCCUCGCAUUCAACAACGACAAUUAAGCCACCGCCACCACCUCCGCCUCCCCGCCAUCCGCGCAAUUCGAGCGGAGAGACUGCAGCUCCUCCAUCUUCCUCGUAGCCUACGUCUUCCCGACCCGGACACGACCCUGUAAUUGACAAUGUCACGGCUACCCAUAUAUUACUACGGUUAAUGCGGACUCAUGACCAUAUCCUUAUGCUCUGCUUGUAUUCUCAUUCUACAUCUAUCGUCUAUCUUGCGGAUUGCUCAAGAUGUUCGUCAUCUAUCAUCGCCGUCCUGCAUCAAAGCCCCCUUUCGCGCAGUACACCAGUGGAUAGCACAGCU